AUGCAAGCUGUUCGUCAGUGUUCAGUGUGUGCGAGCCGUGCCGCUACAGGAUUUGUGCGGAAUCAGAUAGAUAUUUCAGUGCUGCGGACCAGCAAGAGCAUGCUGAGGAGAGGAGCAGCCUGCAUUCGCUUCCUCAGCAGCUCUGAGAGCAGGAUACCUGGAAACCAGAAGUUUGGGGAUCUGACAAAGCCUUCACACAUGAGCAUAGCAUCUUUAAGCGUUGCCCGUGGGUUUUGCACUGUCCCUUUUACACAGCAAGUGGAAAACCUCUCGCAUGACUCUCUGAUCAGAAGAGCUGCCUCAGUGAUUACAGACAGCUCAUGUACUUUCCUCUCCCAGACCACCUUGGCUUACGUCGAUGCCCUUGCAGACUAUUCAAAGGCUGUGCACUCACGCAUUGCUUUUCAAAGACAAUAUUUGGCCUCACUGGGAAAAAUGACCCCAGCAGAGGAGGAUUCACUCCAGCAAGCGAUCAAUGGCUGGCGUGCAGAGGCUAGUGAAAGACUAGUCGAAUGCAAACGUUAUGAAUCAGCUUGGAUCAAUGCCAUCAGCCUGUGUAAAAUGGCAGCUGAGGCAGCGUGCACUUCAGGAGCUCACCAGGCAUCCAUCUCAAUGAGGACAAACAUCCAGGUGGCCCGGUCGCAGGUGGAAGAAGCACAGAAACUUUCUGCAGAGGCAGAUAGGAAGCUGGCUGAGACAAAAGUAGAAGAGAUCCAGAGGAUGGCAGAAUAUGCUGCCUUCCUUGAAGAUAGUGAUGGGCUUGAGGUGCAUGAGGCUUAUCUACGAGAGGAUUAA